AGGAGGUUCUGCAAAGUGCUGCUGGUCCGGCUGACAGCUCCAUGAUCUCUCGGUGGAGGUUCGGCUGAAGAGCUGUGUGCAGCAUGGGCACCGGGGACUACAUCUGCGUGACUCUGCGGGGGGGUGCACCCUGGGGCUUCACCCUGAGGGAGGGAGAGGGGGACACCUACAGACCCUUCCUAAUCUCCCAGGUGGAAGCCGAAGGUCGUGCCUCCCUGGCUGGAGUGUGUGAAGGUGACGAGGUGGUGUCACUGAACGGAGAGCCGUGUGCUGAUCUCACUCUGUUACGAGCCUGUGCAUUCAUCGACACAUCCAUCGACUGUCUGCAGCUGCUGCUCAAAAGAUACUGCAUCGUCCCAUCAGAAGAAUAUGAAUCAAAAGAGACACACGCUGCAGAGAGGGACUCCUCUGGUGAGGCUGUAGAGAGCACCACCCUCCACAUCUUCCCCCCACAACACAGGUCCCAAAGCCCGAGGGAGAUCUACAUAUCCGAGGCCCAGGACGAGACCUGCUAUGGGGACACAGAGUUUCCCAAGAGUCCCCAACUGCUUUGUACCCAGCUCCAUGCUCCCUCGUCUGAUGAUCAGAAAGGUCCUAUUCUCAAGGAAAAUGAAGAACGGCAAUGCUUCUCCCCUGGGAACAUGGUGGAGCUCCAGGUGUCCCUGUUCGAGUCAACUUUGGAGGACGUGGGCUGCACCUCUCUGGGGAGUGCUAUGGGGAUAGAGGGGGAACCCUCCAACAGACAGGUUGUCCAGGAGAUCCACACCACCAGCAUAACGUCGCACUAUGUCCCACGGCCUGCCAGGGAGCCGCUCGGACAGUACGGGGUGGUGCUCAGCUCCCCGUCCAUGCUGGGGCAGGUGGAGGUCAUUGUGCAGCAGCCAGGCGCAUCAGGAACAAGGAGGAGCAUCUCCAGGGUGGGAGGCCCUAGGGUCAGUGGGUCCCAAAGUGAAAGAGAGGAAGGAGGAGGGCCCUGUGAGGGAGUUCCUGGGUGUUUCACUGUCUCAUUUCCCUCAGAAGAGGCGACAGCAGCAGAAGAGCAGGACUCAGAGACUGAGGGGGAUCCAGACAAACCCAACAAGCAUCGGGCAAAACAUGCCAGGCUCAGGCGCAGCGAGAGUCUUUCUGAAAAGCAGGUGAAGGAAGCCAAGUCCAAAUGUAAACGUAUUGCUCUCCUUUUGUCGGCUGCUCCGCCUAACCCCAACAACAAGGGGGUGUUGAUGUUCAAGAAACAUCGGCAGAGGGCCAAGAAAUACACACUGGUGAGCUACGGCACAGGAGAAGACGAACCCGAGUACAGCGACGAAGAGGACGAGGAUACACAGGAAACCCACACUGUUGAAUUUACCCUUGUGGCUCCAAACGGUUCUGAAAUAGACAAGCACUUCGUCACUAAUGCCAAAAGUGGCAAAAGUGUGCUAACUAUCAACUGGGACAAGGGUCUUCUGGAGAUUGAAAGGAACCUGAAAAACGGAGCAGAGAUGGAAUGUUUGCCUGACACACAGGGCAAGGGGGCUACAAUGUUUGCUCAACGGCGUUUAAGGAUGGACGAGAUUUCUGCUGAACAUGAUGAGCUCAGGCGCCAGGGGAUAGCCGUGGAAGCAGUACCGUUGAUUGAAAAGAAGAUGGAGGAGCACACUUACAUGCAGUCCACAACAGAGGGCCAUGCUUAUAUGGAUGUAAAUAUACACCAACAAAGCCAACAACAACAAGAGUACCAGCAAUAUCAGGAGCAGCAGUACUAUGAGCAACAACAGAACUACCAACAACAACAACUACAGCUACAACAACAACAACAACAACAACAACAACAACUACAGCUAAAACAACAACAACUAUACCAGCAGCAGCAGCAGCAGCAGCAGCAGCAGCAGCAGCAGCAGCAGUAUGAACAGCAGCAGCAGUAUGAACAACAGCACAAUCAACAGCAGCAAAUGUAUCAGCAGCAGCGAGAAUAUCAACAGCAACAGCAAAUGCAGCACUAUUCUACAAACAUCAAUGGCACAGUGCAACAUCAACACAGUGAAAUCCAGAGUUCUUUCAGUAAUCCAUCUGCAAAGCCUUUCGCUGCAGAAAACAUGGCGGCUGCUCCUUAUUCUCCCGCAAUGAGUGGGACCAAUCAAGAUUCUGUGAGCCAAGGAGAGCAGAUAGCCUCCCGGGAUGAGCGCAUUGCUACCCCUGCGAGUCGGACUGGGGUGUUGUCCGACGCAAGGAGAAGAAAUGCUGGUAAGCCUAUGUUCUCGUUUAAGGAAGCACCUAAAGUAUCGCCUAACCCAGCACUGCUAAACCUCCUCAACAGAAAGGAUAGGAAGUUGGGUUUUGAGUCAGGAGGCGAGGAAGACUACCUUAGCCUUGGGGCUGAGGCUUGUAAUUUCCUGCAAUCUCAACAAAUUAAAAAUAAGGUUCCUCCACCUGUAGCUCCAAAGCCUGUGAUCGACCCCAACUCUCCUCCUUGGACACCGCAGAUAGAAAUGAUCAACCAGGACAUGCCUCAACAAGCUGAAAAUAGUGUUUUCACACCUGCUCUAGCCCCCACCAUAGAGACAACCCCUGCUCCAGAACUAGAGCCAACCCCUGCACCUGCCCCUGAGCCCUCCCCCCCUCCUGCCCCUCAGGAGGCUCCUGCCAGCAAUCCCACUGUGGAACAGCCCACAUGGGCUCUACAAGAACCUGAAACUCAACAGCCUCUGCAAGUGACGGCUCAGGAGGAAAAUGGUCAUACGAAUUGUCCCCCGCAGCAUGAGCUUGCUCCUUGCUGGGCUCCAGCACAAACAGAGGCACAACAACAGCCACCUACCAAUUCUUGGCCUCCAGCUCAAGUGCAGCCCGAGGUACCACCUCAAAGUCAGUCGCCACCCCAGCUACCUUGGGUGACACGUCUACCUGCACAGACCCAAGUACAGCCUCAACCUCCUACAAAUAAUUGGAACCCUCAAAUUCAGCCAGCAUGGACCCAACCUCAAGAGCAACCACCGUCUCAUCCUCAGGCCCAGCCCCCCUGGACACACUCUCACGAGCAGCCAAAUAUGCCGCAGCCACAACCACCUUGGGGUCAACCCCAUGAACCAAUGCAGCAGCAGCAACCCCAGGCUCCAUGGGCACAACCAUCACAUACAGACUCUCAGUCUCAACCACCAUGGAUGCAACAACCGCAGCAGAAACCCCAAGCACAACCUCCUUGGGCUCAACCGAUUCAAACUGAAUCUCAGCCACAGCAGCCAUGGGUUCAGCAACCACAGCAUCAGGCACCACAACCAGCAUGGCCACAGGCGCAAGCACCAUGUCAGCCUCAACCACCUUGGGUCUCAGCUCCACCUCAACAGCAGCCUCAAAUUAAUGCAUGGCCUCCGUCACAAACUCAAGCCCAAGUUCAGCCACCUUGGAUCCAAGCAGCCCCAUCACAACUUCCUGCGCAGCCUCAAGCCAUCGUGAAUCCAUGGAUGCCAGUACCAGCCCAGGCUCAGUCCCAACCAUCAUGGGCCCAGAACCCUACAGAACCCGCUCAGCCACCCAUUAAUUCUUGGGCCCAAGAGCAAAAUCAGACCCAACCUCAACCCCAAAAUCAACCACCUUGGGCUCAACCAGGUCCACCACAGCCAGCGUCACAGCCAGACUGGCAACAGUCCUCUUCUCUACCACAGCCACCGAUUAAUACAUGGCCUCAACCUCAGACACCUGUGAAUGCCUGGGCACCACAGCCACAGCAAACACCUGUGAGUGCUUCCACAACAAUGGUAAACACUCAGCCUUCACCAAAACCUUGGCAACCACCACACAAUCUCCCACAAGCAAGGAGCCCUCCAACUCCACCACAGCGAAUGCACUCUUUCAACAUCAGUCAACAUUCUUCAUCUCCCAUCAACCCAAUGGCGACUGUCUUAAACCCAGCAACCCAGGGUUCAUCUUGUGAUAUGCCAGCCGUCAGAGGGAAAGGAGCUGAUAUGUUCGCUAAGAGGCAGUCUCGUAUGGAGAAAUAUGUUGUGGACUCUGAGACUGUGGAAGCAAACAAGGCAACCCGGGCACCAUCACCAGUUGCAUCCUUACCAAAUGAAUGGAAAUACACAUCUAGCGUACGUGCUCCUCCUUCACGAUCAUACAACCCUAUUCUGUCCCCUUGGAAUCCCCCAUCAAAGCAGCCCCCUUCCACUAGUCCUACAAUCAAAGCCAAGAAAAAAGACCAAGGGAAACCAAAGCCUGCCCCUAAACCCCUCAAUGUAAUAGAUGUUAUGAAGCAUCAACCCUAUCAACUCGAUUCCUCACUCUUUACUUUCGGCCCAGCAGUAGAGGCUGCCAAGGCAGCUCAAGCUAAGCUAGAGUGUUCACCUCCUAACCCACCUGUCGAAAACCAACCAAUUAGAUAUGAUCAGAUGGCCCCCGUCCAGCAAACUGGACCAUAUAAUACCCUUUACCCCCAGCAAGGCUAUGGGAUGCCAAUGCAGCCCAUGAUGCAUGAUGGCCACUACCAGCAACACCCAGCUAAUAUUUAUCCCCCCUCCAACCCUUAUCAACAACCCCCUGCUGGUCCAUACCAGCAACCUUAUAACCAACAGUAUCAGCAACCUGGCCCCCCUGCUUAUCAUCCCCAAGCUCCUCAGUCUCCAAACCAACCGUACCAACAUCCCCCGCAGCCCCCGCAGGCCCCUUACCAACCAGCUAACAGCCCGCCUUACAUGGCAGCGCCCUCAGUACCUUACCAACAGCAGCCUCCCAGUAGCUUUGUUGUUUCUAGCUUUACUGUAGCUGCCAGGCCUGAAUCUGCAUUAGGUGGCCCUGCAGCUGCUCCUAAACCUAAGUUCAUGGCAAAAAAGAGCUCAGCUCAGGUGUGGAAGCCUUCAGCAGAUAAAGAGUGAUUCUGGUACAAUCACCACAUGCUUGAGUCAAAGGGUUGGUGCUCUUGUAAUCCACUGCAAGGUGGACUAUUUUGAGCACAUGAACUUGCGUUUGCGAUCUUUAUAUCCACCUCUUGUCAUAGUACAGAGCUUGGUGGUUUUCACAAUUUUAAAAGCUAAUGCAAAUCACAACAUAACAACAAAUAAGUAAGAGUGGGAUGCAAGUAUAUCUUACCGGACACAAAGGAGCCAAAAUGACCUUGACAUGUUUAUAAAGCAGGUACAUUUUUACGUGUUAAUAGAGAAAUUACUUUAAAACGUACUUUUAUGACAAAUGAUCUAAAGUGGUGGUAAUAUAUGAAUGUAGGGGAGCAAGAUGCUCAGUAAGAAUUGAAAGAAAGGAGUAAUGGAAAAAAUGUAUCAGAAGGGAAUGAUAGCGGACGGUGACAACAGGAAUUCGAUUUUUGAAAAGAAGAAAAUUGCUAAUUGUGUCAAAUCUUAUUAAGGACACAAUGAAUCUGUGAAGUGUAAUGAUACCAAGCAGAAGGAUAUGAUGUCAGAGUUCACAGUUUUAAGUAAAGUCAGCAGAGAGAAUACAGCAAUACAUAAAGUAACUAGCCUAAACUUCAAAUGGUAGAUGUUACAUUUUAGUGGCUUUUACGUCGCGUCUACUAAAGUGGGUGAGUUUUAUUUUAAGCUUCUCCCCAGCUGUUGCAUCAUGUUAGGUACUAUAUUUAAACUGCCUCAUGGGAGGAGUGCUGAGGUCCAGAGAUAGUAAGCUUACAUUUCAAAUUAAGCCAGUGAAAGCUACUAUACCUACGUCCUGGAUAACAGAAAUAUAGUAUUACCAAAUGUAGUUACACUCUUCCAUACAUAUUCUCUGGCUUUUGUAUAAUAUAGAUAGAUGAUCCACAAAUGAAGAAUUAUUAAAAAAGACAACCAGCCCAUUGAUGUUCACAAGUAUUUUGCUGCUUUUGUUUUUUAAGUUAUUUUCUUUUUCCUUUUCCUUUGUGUGUUUCUCUUUUUUGUGCACUUUCUGUAUGAUUCACUGCAGUGCCAUUAAAAUGUAUUUCAUCCUU